AGCAGCAGCAGAUCAACAGCCUCUCAUUCAUGAAGAUGCGCUUCAGCCGCGACACCUGUGUUUUCGGCUGAAUUCAACCAGUGUCACGAAGCGCUAUGCACUCACCUCCUCCUGCCAAACACACAUCUGGAAACUUGCAGGGUUGAUGUUGGACACACUGUAGAACUGAACUUUUUUUUCCUUAUGGGAUUGAGCCGGGCGAGUAUGAAGAGCGCUGUCAGCAUCUGGAAGUCUCCAUAGGCGUUAUAGGAGUCUUUAUUCAGAAGGAUGCUGGAGGGAAAUGCCUGCAGACAGAGAGGAUGAGAUUUGUGGAAAGGCGCUGGAGCUUCUGUCCGAUCUGUGCUCGAGGGGAGAGGUGCACAAUGAAAACUGCCAGGAUUUCACUUACUAUUUUCGCGAUCUCGGGAGACCCAGAUAUUCGGACUCCGAUGUGUCUGUGAGCCUGUUAUCCCUCUUGGUGACCACAUGUGGCCUGGCGCUGUUUGCCGUCUCCCUGUUCGUAUCAUGGAAGCUGUUCUGGGUACCAUGGCGAGAUCGCUUCUUGCCCGGCCUAAAAGACCAGCAGGGGGAGCAGCAGCCAGUCCUGGCUGAGGUGGAGGGCCUGGAGCGGGAAUACAGCGAAGACUUCGAGAAAGAUCCCAACGCUCCAAUGAUGCUCCCAGAGUCGGCCAUGAAGAUCAGCCAUACAUCCCCAGACAUCCAGCUGGAGGCCCAGACUAAGGCCAAGGAGCUCAACCACAUCCACAUAGCCCGCGUUCAGCGACAAGUCACCGAACCAACCUCAUCUGUCAGGCACAACUCCAUCCGGAGACAGAUGAACGUCUCCAACCCGGAUUUCAACAUGGCCCAGUUCCAGAGACAAGAGUCCAUCACGGGUCCAGGCCUGGGCCGCAUUAAACCCGAGCUCUACAAGCAGCGGUCGGUGGACACGGACGACGGCCGACGAGCAGACAGUUGCGGACGCCUGCAUUUCAUCAUCAAAUACGACUGUGACUUGGAGCAGCUCAUCGUCAAGAUCCACAGGGCCCAAGAUUUACCUGCCAAGGACUUUACAGGAACAUCCGAUCCUUAUGUGAAGAUCUACUUGUUGCCAGACCGGAAGACCAAGCAUCAAACCAAGGUGCACCGCAAGACUCUGAACCCAAUCUUCGAUGAGGUUUUCCUGUUCCCCGUGGCAUACGCCGAGCUUCCGACUCGCAAGCUCCAUUUCAGCGUCUACGACUUCGACCGCUUCUCGAGACACGAUGUCAUCGGCCAAGUGGUGGUGGACAACUUUUUGGAUCUACCGGACUUUCCACAGGAAACCAGGCUCUGCAGGGAUAUCCUUUAUGUUAGUGCGGAUAAUGUGGAUCUGGGAGAUCUGAUGUUCUCUCUUUGUUACUUGCCGACUGCGGGUCGUCUGACGAUAACCAUAAUUAAAGCCAGAAAUCUUAAAGCCAUGGACAUCACAGGAGCGUCUGAUCCUUAUGUAAAGGUUUCCCUAAUGUGUGACGGUCGGAGACUGAAAAAGAGGAAAACAUCGACGAAGAGGAACACUCUCAACCCAGUCUACAAUGAAGCCAUCGUUUUUGAUGUUCCACCGGAAAACAUUGACCAAAUCAGUCUUUUAAUAGCGGUCAUGGAUUAUGAUCGUGUUGGUCACAAUGAGGUCAUUGGGAUUUGCCAUGUGGGAAACAGAGCUCCGAGUUUGGGCCGUGAUCACUGGAAUGAGAUGCUGUCGUACCCACGCAAACCCAUCGCCCGCUGGCACCUGCUGGUGGAGUGGGUUGGUCAAAGCACGACCGGCGGCAGUCAAGGCUCCUGUAAUUCCCUCCGGACACCUCCUUCACCAUGAUGAGACGCUGUGAAGAACCAAUUCACAAGCUUAAUGAAGAGGCAAGAGCAUGAGAGGAAGAAGCUGUUAGCGGUCACUUUAAAUGUGUGCACACAUGGUCAGUCAAUGCAGUACAACAGCAGGACUCUGUAAAGCUCCGCUCCACUGCAUGUGUGCUAGAAAAAAAAACAACUUUUUGCUGUUUUUGUUGGAAACUUUAGUUGAGAGGUAAGUAUUUUUGACAUCGUCGUGUUUUCUGUAUCCGUAGAACACGUUGUGAUACACUAAUAUUGUUUGGAGUGUAGUGCAUGGGGUCUAUUUUGUGGUACUUUUAUUGUACGAUCCUUACUGUAUAAAAAAAUUACAUGCGAAAUGUG